AUGACUUUGUUAGCAAAUAAUGUGGUCGGAAUGAAACCAAAAAUUGGAAUUAUAAAUGAUGACGCUCGAAUAACCGAACCGGUGUACAUAAAACAAAAUAUUAAAAUGGCAAUCAAUAAAAACAUGAUAGCGACGACGAAAAAAUUAAAUUCGGAAUCAUCCGUUGAUAAUUAUGCGAGGGGAACCGUUUUGGUCAACAACGUCAACAAUGCCGCGCAUAGGAAUCCAAUGUCUGGAAACAACAACAACAACAACAACGUACGAACCAUCGUUUCCAACAGCAAAAACAUAAACAUUCCGAAUAACGAAUUGUUACGAUGCAAGAGAAAAAUACAUUUUAUAUCUGGACAAUCUUAUCCGGGCGCGCAACCGGCAUCGGUCGCAAGACGUAACGCACGUGAAAGAAAUCGUGUUAAACAGGUAAAUAAUGGCUUUGCCACGCUUCGAUCCCACAUUCCGGCUUCCGUUGCAGCCGCGCUCACAUCCGAGAAAUCGAGUCCGAGAAAUUCGUCUGCGAGUAAAAAAUUGAGCAAAGUCGAAACUUUGAAAAUGGCCGUUGAAUACAUCAGGAGUUUGCAACAAAUGCUCGAAGAUCAUAAUAACAAAAUAUCGGUCGACUCGUCGUCGGCUCUCGACAAAAUAAACAACAGGACGUGUUCCUCACCGACUCCAUCGUAUUCUUCGGAUCAUUCCAGCGUCCACCUCGGAUCGGCACCUUCGGCUCACUUGAUUUCGAGUUUAUCACGUCUCACGACUCACGUCGGACCGAACGAUCCAUUUAAAAAUCAAAUGACUAGUCCAAUACCGAGAUCCGCAUCACCGGUUAUUGUUGUGAACGCUUCCAAGUGCCUUACUCCCCCGAGAAAUAUAAGUCCCCUAUCGAAUCCUCCUCCCUCUUCUACCUACCCCAUCGUACAAGAUUCUUCGAGUCCGUCUAAUCAAUCGAAUUAUUCGGUCAACAUGGAGUUUCAAAAGGGAAGUCCGGAAGGUUACGAAAAUUACGAUUCCGUGUCUCCGGAAGACGAAGAGUUAUUGGAUGUUAUUUCGUGGUGGCAACAAAGCCACUGA